CUAUAAGUAAAAGCGGAAACAAAAGAGUCGGCGAGUGAGAGCGGAGAGGAUCCGGUCCCGGUCCCGGUCCCUCACGUCCUGAGCCCGGCCUCCGUCCGGAGCGACCGCACGCGCCCAGCUGGGGAGUAGCCGCCCGCCGCCGCCUCCCAGACCCCCGAGCCGCAGCGCGUCCCCGCCCGCAGUUUCGCCCCCCAUGGCGCUGAAGCGGAUACAGAAAGAACUAAGUGAUCUACAACGUGACCCACCUGCCCACUGUUCUGCAGGGCCUGUUGGAGAUGACCUGUUCCAUUGGCAAGCAACUAUUAUGGGACCUCCUGAUAGUGCAUAUCAAGGGGGAGUGUUUUUUCUCACAGUACAUUUUCCAACAGACUAUCCUUUCAAACCACCAAAGAUUGCUUUCACAACAAAAAUAUACCAUCCAAACAUAAACAGUAAUGGGAGUAUUUGCCUUGAUAUCCUGAGGUCACAGUGGUCACCAGCUUUGACUGUAUCAAAAGUUUUAUUGUCCAUAUGCUCCUUACUUUGUGAUCCUAAUCCUGAUGACCCUUUAGUACCAGAUAUUGCACAAAUCUACAAGUCAGACAAGGAAAAAUACAACAGACAUGCAAGAGAAUGGACUCAGAAAUAUGCAAUGUAAACUUGUGAAGACUUUUUCAUAUAUACCACAGAGUACUGUAAAUUCUAGGUUUUUUCAAAAUUAGAAGUAAAUGGAGCACAGUUUACUGUUUCAAUGUACCAUGAGGCCCUUUUUAAUUUUUACCCAUGUAAGUGUGUUUCUGGAGCAAGAAAAAACAAACUUCCAAAAAUAAUCUUAAAACUGUGAUGAGACUAUUUAUCCUUUUUGUAUGCUUUGCAAAAGACAUUUAUUGUGGUUUUUAAGACUCUUGGACUUCUGCAUCUUCAGCCUACAAGAUCCCUAAUGCAGUUGUAAAGCAACCAACUUAUUUUUUGCUGAAAAACUAGACGUUUUACAUGAGAAAUACUGUAUGUGUCUUUAAGAUAUGUUGUCAAUUUCAUGAGUCCGUUCAAAAUUUCAUUCUGUUAGUUGUUAUAUAAUUUGUAUUUUUUUACUGUAUAGACUAAAUAUAUUUUAUUUACCAUGCAAAUUAAUUCAUUUAGACUUUUUUUUUCCUUUAGCACAGUAUUGACAUGAUACAACUGCUAGUAAUGAAAUCAAUGAGGUGUUGCUCCCUAUGGGCUAUUAUACAGACUGAUUUGCAGAUUUCUUAAAACCUAAAAUGAUCUUUGCACUGUAAUUCUUAACAUGCUGAUUAUGGAGAAACACUUGGUUUUUUUUAUUCUGUUGCAUACUUGACUUAAUUUUAUUGCAAUGUGAACUAAUUGCACUGCUAUGUAGAAAGAUGUAACUGUUUUGUUUGUUGCUAUUCAUGACUGAUUUUUUUCCUCUAUAUUGGCAACAUAAUAUUCUCACAGACCUUUUACAAAUCUUACUGUAGCUUUUUCCAUAUAAAUAAAAUGCAUUUUCUACUAUUUGUCUUGGCUAUUAUUUAAAUCUUGCAUAACCUUGUAAGUGCUUGCUCUAAAAUUAAAAGAUCAAAAUAUUAAGUUAUGCAUGUGAAUUAUAGACAAAAGGGAAAGCCAUGCAUCUGAUAUUAAUUCUAAUUGUGUUGCAAUGAAUUUUGUUAGCCCAAUUUAUUUAACAUGUUAUGCCCAUUGGUUUGUAUUGUGUGGGAUUCAACUUUGCUGAAAUUCUACACUAAACACAUACAAGUAAUUCUCUUUUGACAAGAAAAAAAUCACGGAUGUUUGGGCAUCAGACACUUCUCAUAAAUUGAUAUAAAUGUAUACUUUCAAUAUCAGAAUGUCAUGGUAAAGAAUCUUCCCUCAUUUAUGUCUAACAAUAUUUUGGUCUAAUAUUUUUCACACGUGAAGCUAACUUUUCCAUUAACUGUAUCAUCUAAGUCUACUUCACAAUGCAUGGAGAAAAUCCAUAGUAUUGGAAAAGCAGAUUUUGUUUUUAAACUAAAAAUGAAAGUGUUUUAAUCUCAAACCACAGAUUCCCCUCUUUCCCCCCCCCCCUUAGGAUGCUAAAUUAAAUAAUUGUGU